AUGGAAAAAACAGUUUCUACUACUUUGUGGGGACAUUUAUAUAGAUUUAUUAUUGGUGGUGUUGAUUUUCAUCUUGAUGGAAAUGGAGGUGAUGAGUGUGUUAAUUAUAUUUCAAUAUGGCAAAGAUUAAUAGAGACAGUUUUUUUUGGAUGGAUAGCUAUUUCAGGAAUUAAAUAUAGUAUUAAAAAUAUCAAGAAACAAAGAAAUAACGAGUUUUAUAUGUAUUCCCCAACUCCAACACCAAUGGAUCCUUUCAUAAUGAAUGAUAUAGAAAUGAUUGACAAGUUAGAUUUUUCUCCCAUUUCUAUAUCAACAACUUCAUCUGAAUAUAGUACACCAUUAAUGGAAUAUCCUUUAAUUAUUCCAGGGACAGUGGUUUCAAAUUUAGGAAAUUGGAGAUUAUCAUUACAUUCAACAAUUAUAACAUUAUAUUGUUUAAUAUUUGGUGGAGAAUUAGCAUUUAAAUUAAUUAGUGGUACAGCAAUUUUUCUUCUUAAUCCUUGUCACCUAACAACAAUUAUACAACUAUAUUUAUUAGUAUUUCCCACAAAUAAUAGUUUUACAAAAUGGAUAUUUAGAAUUCAUACAUAUACAUUAGCAGGAGCAUUAAUAGCAAUUUUAUUUCCUAUUCUUAAUACGAGGAAUCUUCACGGAGAACAAUUUAUUUAUUUUGCCCAACACUUAUUCAUACUACUUAUACCAUUUUAUUUAUUUUAUCUUGGUGAACCAUUUACUCAAGAAACAUUAUUUGAAUUUAAUUGGGCUAUUUUAGGUUAUUCUAUAUUAGCAUUAUAUCAUCUAUUUGUACUUCAAAUUAUUGGUUUGAUAACUAAAGUAAAUUUGAAUUGUAUAAUAUGUCCUGGUGUGUCGGAUCCAUUUGCUAGUCGAGGAUGGAGAAUUAUUGCUUUUACUCAUCAAGCUAUUGCAGUACCAUUAGUUUCAAAAAUUUAUUGCUAUAUUUCAAUGAUAAUUAUUAAUUUUAUUAAAAAUUAUAAUUUUAAAAAUAAGAAUAAUUUUAGAAAUAAUGAUGAAUCAUCUGAAAAACACACUAAAAUUGAGUAA